CUGCCAAUCAACUUGAUUGACAUUUCGGUCUCGCGCCGAGUUGUUUACGCGUCGGUUUAGUGGUGGCUGGAAUAUUUCCUUUAUUUGUGUGUGUUUAGUCCGACUUUAAGUUUAUAAUAUGGACCGUUAUGUUGUCUAAAGACUUCACUUCCUUGGUGAGAUGUGGCGCAAUAUGCUUCAAGAAGAUGCGUUCCUUUAACUCCGAGGAUCGCCGUAACCUUAAUUGUUUGAAAUCUUAAAUGUACUGUUAUAUAUUAAUUCAAUUUUAAUUUGGGUCUCGAUUUGCAUUGAAUGUGGUCAUUUUAUUUUCGUUUAAUGGCAUAUAUUGCAUUUAAAGGCACUUGAAGUGCCCCAGAUGACGGAGCUUAGCCGACUUUAGUUUUAAAAGUAGACUGAAAAUGUUGAAGCGAGGAGCAGGUGGCAAAAGCUACAGCCCGUACGCGACGAGUCAGAGAGUUAAGAAAACGAACAGCAAAAGUAAAUUGGACGUCUUGCCAAAUAGACCAAACGUUUGGCUUAAACAGCUCUCCGCUCUGCAGGAGCAGCCACGAAAAGAUGUGGUCGACGGCGCUCCUCCUCACACCUCUGCGAGUUGUUCUACCUCUGUCUUGGAGGUCCCAAGUUCCUGUCCGGGGACCCCUUCGAACCCGCACACUAAGCAGGUGGGCUGCCCGUCCCCGAUGGGAACGCUGAAGCGUCCCACUUCCCUGAGCCGCAAUCCCAGCGCGGCCGGCUUUCCGAUCCAGUCUUGGGUCUUCAGCAAGGGCGCGGGAAAGUCGGUCAUUGCCCACAGUCCCUCGCCGGAGACACCGGAGACCACUGUUUCAAUUGAGGUUGAGGACAUUCCCUCUUUGCUCCGAAUAGUGGAACGAUUCGCCAAAGCGGUGGAGAAACUGAAAGAUGUUGUGCUCGAAGAUAAACAGGAGAACCGUCGGCCAUUGGCUCAUGAAUGUUUAGGGGAGGUUUUGCGUAUCCUGCGACAUGUCAUCAGUAUGUACCCCCUAUUGAACACAGUGGAGACGCUCACCGCUGCUGGCAAACUCAUUUCACAAGUCAAAGGCUUUCACUAUGAAGUGUGCAACGAACAAGAGAAGAAAGAUUUUGAGAAGGCCAUCGAGACUAUCGCUGUAGCUUUUAGCAGCAAUGUGUCAGAAUUGCUGAUGGGAGAAGUAGACAGCAGCACGCUGUUGUCAGUGAUGCCCACCGAGAAAAGCAGGUCUAUGGAGAACCUCUCUGGACAUGACUGUACGUACACCCGUAGUGACACCUCUGAACUGGUAAUAAGUGGAGAAGAGGUGGACAUCAUACUUCAGCGCAGUGAAGGAGGCGUCGACUCGGCUCUGAUGUACGCCAAGACCAUCGCCAAAUACAUGAAGGACCUGAUCGGCUACGUUGAGAAAAAGCUGGCACUGGAGCUGGAGUUCUCCAAGGGUCUCCAAAGGAUCUAUCAGUCAUGUAAACAGAACAUCACACAGCCCGACAUGCCCUUCUUCUCCAUCUACUCUCUGGCUCUGGAGCAGGACCAGGAGCAGAGCGCUGGGAUGCACCAGGCAGCUGCCACCCUGCAGAAUCAGACCUUCAUCAUGCCUCUGCUGCUGCGCAAACAGGAGCAUGAGAAGAAACGCAAGGAGAUCAAGGAGCAUUGGUUAAAAUCAAAGAGAAAACUGAUGGAGUGUGAUGCUAACCUACGCCGAGCUAAACAGGUCUUCAUGGCACGUUGUGAGGAAUAUGACAAGGCGAGAACAGCGGCUAACAGGGCUGAAGAGGAAGGUGGAAGCUCUGCCACUAAAACUGUAGACAAGAAGAAACGACUAGAGGAGGAGGCUCGUAACAAGGCGGAAGAGGCAGAGGCCACAUACCGAACCUGCAUUGCAGACGCGAGCACACAACACCAGGAGCUGGAGCACAUGAAGGUCACGGUUCUGCGGCAGAUCCAAGAGGUCAUUAAACAGACUGACCAGACCAUUCGCUCGGCCACCAUCUCAUACUACCAGAUCAUGCACAUGCAGACGGUAGCUCUGCCCGUUCACUAUCAGACUCUGUGUGAGAGCAGUAAGCUCUACGAUCCCGGACAACAGUACGCCACGCACGUCAAAGAUCUCCAGAUGAGCGAGGAGCCUGAAACCCAUUAUGAGUUUGAGCAUUAUUCAGCCUCCAUCAUCCAGCCAUCGGCCAGACCCCGUACUGACAGCGGCAAUGCUGAUGUUCCACACGCUGGAGGAGAGUCGGGAGAUACGAGCUGCUCGCAGAAAGAGGAACAGAAGAAGGCUCGAGGUCACAUGACCCACAAAUCCUGGGGCUCGACAGUUAGUGACACAGACAGUGUGGGUGGAGGAAGUGGUCUUGGAUCUCCUACUAUCAGCACAGGUGACAUUAGCAAAAUAGUUCGGACGGCAUCUACAGGAACCAUGUCAUCCAAUGAGGACCUGGAUGAGAGAGACACACAUAUUGCUUCCUUCGAAACUUCAAAUAUAAACGGUAUAGAACCCGAGAUAGCGGUGCCAACCGGGCCUUUCCGGAACGUGGGGUUGUCGAAAGCUGCUCAGACGCACAAACUGCGUAAACUUCGCUCCCCGUCCAAAUGCAGAGAAUGUGACAGCUACGUUUAUUUCCAGGGUGCGGAGUGCGAGGAGUGUUUCUUGGCCUGCCAUAAGCGCUGCUUGGAGACAUUGGCGAUCCAAUGCGGUCACAAGAAACUCCAGGGCCGCCUGCAGCUGUUCGGGCAGGAUUUCUCCCAAGUGUCCAACAACAGCCCUGACAGCAUUCCCUUCAUUAUCAAAAAAUGUAUCGGUGAGAUCGAGCGGCGAGCGUUGAGAAUGAAGGGCAUUUAUCGAGUGAACGGAGUGAAAACACGUGUGGAAAAGCUGUGCCAGGCGUUUGAGAACGGCAAAGAUCUGGUGGAGCUGUCGCAGUGCUCGCCACAUGACAUCAGCAACGUGCUGAAGCUUUACCUGCGCCAGCUUCCUGAGCCCAUCAUGGCCUUCCGCCUAUACAAUAGUCUGAUGGGUCUGGCGAAGGAAAGCCUGGCAGUCGUGGGUCCAGAAGGCGCAGAAGCCGGUAAAGGACCCGACCUGCUGGACCUCGGCCCUGAGACGGACCCUGAACUUCUUGCACUGGUUGACAGGUUAAAAAAUCUACUUCAAGAGCUGCCCAAAGCAAACACCGCCACCCUCCGCUACAUAGCACGACACUUGAGAAGGAUAGCGGAGCUUGAAGACGACAAUAAAAUGAGCCCCAGUAACCUGGGUAUCGUGUUCGGCCCCUCGCUGAUGCGUCCAAGACCGUCCGGAGCCACAGUCUCUCUGUCCUCACUGGUGGAUUACCCAUACCAGGCUCGCAUAGUGGAGACCCUCAUUGUGUUUUAUCCCUCCAUCUUCCAUUCCGAUUCCGGACGGCCCGUGAUCACCAGCACAACCCGCUCGCAAUCUCUACAGCAGGAAAGCAGUCUUGAUGUAGAGGAACCCUGUUUGAAUGAUGCUGAAGAUCAAGAGGUCGUGGAUGAACAAAGCAAUGCAGAAGCAGACAAAAUGGAGGGUCAGGACGUCUCUAGUGAAACCCCAGGCACUUUGGAACACAGUCUGGACUCCGAUUCCGACCCAGAUGAGGAGUCUAGGAGGUGUGAACUGCAACCUCCCAGCCCUACUGACCCAUCGCAUGACAUCAUAACCCAAGAGCCCUCGAGCCCACCCGUCCUCCUGGUAACCCUGCAAUGCCCCUCUGGUGCAGACAACAACCCCCCUGCCCUCCCUGAGACCGAACCUCCAGAAUUAGAUGAACCAGAACUACCAACAACCUCGAUGGCAGAGUUAAACAUCAAUCAGUGUAACAAUACUACCAAAACACUCUCGAGUUUACAUUCAGGUACAGCAAAGCGAAUGGGGUAUUAACAUACAUAUAGGUUAGGAGAUGAAGAGCCAGGGUUUUUUAUAAUCUUUAAGUAUUGACAUUAUUUUUUGAUAUUUAAAAUAUUUUAGCAUGAAAAAUGCCCUGCAUCAAACAGUCAGGUAAAUCUUUGUUUUUUUAUUUUCUGGGAUUUUUAACAUUUUUAGCUUUGUUUUUAUAAACAAAUAAAAAUAGUUUUGACUUGUAUGCUGUAUAAUGUGAUUAUAUACAUAUGUAUAACAGUGUUAUGUUGAAUUAUCUCUUGUCGCAUAGUUUUACAUGUUUGUCCUUUAAUAAUAAUAAAGAAAUUGAAAUUCCAUAAAA